AUGAACUUUACUAGCUACAGUAGCCUCAGUAACUGGGAUGGCGACGAGAGCUUAUUUCAACCAAAAUCGACAUUGACAUCCAAAACGUCUUCCACGAGAGAUUCACCUCAAUCUGUGCCCCAGAAUGAAUCUACCUCUGAAUGCACGCCUUUAGAGGUCGCCGCUUUGAAGCAGCUUCUAAUUCAUCAGGAUGUAUCGUCGUCUGAGCCGUUUUCAGCGUUAGAAAAAUGUGCAAAUAUUCCGAAUCUCGAUGCGAUUGAUAAAGAGGCCGAAAGUGUAGACACCGAUACCGAGACGGCUGUAGCUACGAAUAUGUCUGAAACCAUCAACAGUAGUCUCUUUACUCCUCCUCGUCGGGAGUCCAUCUCUCCCCUUUCGCCGUCAUCUUCAUUGGAUGGUGCUUCUCUUUUCUCCCCUAGGGAGUCUCCUAAAUCAUCAACUAGCACGCUCUCGCCCCUGCGACAGCAGACAGAGAACUCUCAUCAACAAGAACCAGGCGAAAAAUUUGAUCCCGAAUCCUACCAUGGUCAUGGUACCGGCACACUCAUCUUUCUCUCCCAUAUCCAAGCCCCUCUUCUUCCUAGAGACACUACUCAUGCCCAUUAUUUGAAACCCCAUCCGAAAGUCCUGGAAAAAAUUACUAAGUUCAGCUCUCCAUCUGUCCUAUUCCAGGAUUCCCCGUCGCCUCCACCAUUCGGGUUGCAUCACAAGAAAGCACCUCCUAGACCAAACGUUUAUGCUCCCUCUACUUCUGCGCUUCCAUUAUCAUCAUCAUUAAAACAGCAUACCCCAAUGAAGUACACAAAUCUUCAGGAUGCUUUGAACGCUUCCACGAUACAUAACGCAGAGGAUGACUACAUUGGGGCAUUCAUAGACAAAACUCGACCUGUCGUUCGUCGUAAACAGAAACAAAGUCCAUUUGACGGUGUUCACCUGCCUCGCAAAAAGGCCAGGUUGAACCCAUCUAUCGUCGCGGCGCCAUCGUCUGGCAACAGUUCUGUCUCCGUAGUGGUCAGUCAAAACUUGACGACGACGAAGAGUUCCUAUAUCCCAGGUGAUAUUAUGCUGACUGACAAGACGCGCGGGGACGGUGAUGGUUACGUGCGGCUCUUCGUAGGCAAGCACAUGGAUUUCAUUUCUGGGGCGAGUUGGUUGAAGAAUGCGCACGAGUCCACCAUACCCAAUUCCUCCUCCAAACAGAAAAGGCGUGACCAUCGGAUGUUGCUGGUCAAGAAUUCUAAUACGCGUCAUAUUGGAGUGAAGAACCAUCGACAAGGCGAAGUCCAAAAUCUUGGGACGAAGCGUGGCUUACCCCCUGGAUUGAAUAGCUGUAGUACCGGAUUAAUGAAUUGGAAGGGGAAGGAUAGGAUGUUGUCCUCUUCGAAAAGAAAUUCAGGGUCGGUAGAGCGUAUGUUUGCCUCCAUUUUUGCUCCCGAGACGGCGGCAGGGUAUUGGAUUGUUCAAAACUCGGACGAAGAGUUUCCUGGAGAUGAGACAGACGAUGAAGAUGAUCUUCCGUACCUGGACCUGUCAGAAGUUCACAAAGUGCGAGCGUCGUCGUCAUAUUCUUCGGUCAAUACUGCUGGGACUGCUGGAACGGCCUCUAGGACUACCGGGAAGAUGACCAUGCCUCUUCCAAACCCAAAUCCGAAACCAAAAACUCAACCACAUGGAACUCCCCAGAGCGCGCCCUCGUCAGUUCCUGGAGGACCUUCGAAGUCCUCUUCUCUCAAAGGUAUUAAGUUUCGGAAAAAACCUUCCAGCCCCACGACUCAAAAUCCUGUAGCUCAAUAUCCUGACCCUGGAAACUCGUACGAAUCCUUUUCCAUGUCGUCUGCGUCUUACUCGUCAGUUUCGGCGUCAACUUCUUUCUCCUUACCAAUCUCGACCCCGUCAUGGUCCGCCUCAUUGUUGUCGGCUCAGCCUUUGCGAAAAAGCUAUUCUCAAACAGAACCUCAUAAAUAUACUGAUUAUCAGCCGCUUUCACCCCCAGUAAAGGCUCAGCAGUUCCCAAUUCAACGUGAUGCAAUAUCGCUGAACCUCCCUGGUCCAUCGGAGAAGGCGCUCGGGAAACGAAAGGCUUUCGAUGAUGGAGUUAAACCUCACAUUAAACGGGGUCGUCCUGGGAAACAUCGUCCUCCCACUGUACUCGCUAAUUCCAGUAUGAGUCAGUAUCAUGGACAUGUUUCGCAUACUCCUCACGACCCGUGCCAUGCUCAAAAUUUGUAUGAAGCUCAGGACAGUCACCUUAUCCCAGAUAGUGUUGGGCAACAUGAAUUGUUUUCGCGUACGUCGGCUGUUUCAGCCUCAGGUCCUAGUGAGAUAUUAGGAGGUCCUCGGAUCACUGAUAACCUCGUCAAGAUCCCAAGUUCACAAGGGAAUCAAAACGGACAUAUUUACCAGUUCUACUCUCCUCACGCUCACGUUCGGACUUCUACACGAACUAAUGCGUACAUACCUGGAUUGACUUCCCUUCCACCUAUUGCGAUUGUCGGUAAUCCUUUUUCUGGAGAUGGCGCAGAAUCGGGAGUAGAAGCAGAGGCCACCAUCGGACAAACAGGUCACGACGAACCAGAUACCCAUUGUGAUGACCUGAAAUGGGCUGCCGAGAAAUUUUUGGUGUUAUUGCAGAACGAUCCUCAGCAAGCGAAAGACGUCAUUGAAAUGUUGCAGCUGCAGCGUCCUGGUCAGACCAUUGCUACGGGUAAUACUUUACCUCAACCUCAGUCGAACGGAUCUUUGGAUGGUUUCCUGAACAUGCCAGGGCAUGACGUAGGGAUUGGUCAAGAAAUAACCAAGCGCAAUUUCAGUGUCCAUGGCGAUCAUAGAGGAGUUGACGUUGGAGAGUGGUUAAUUCCUAGCUUCGGUAUGGGAAGGAUCCUAGAGGCCGGUGAUCAAGCGAAUACUGAAAUUGAGCCUGGCCUCUAUUCUGGGCUUAGUCGUAGUUCCAGAGCAGGGAUCGAAGUUUCUACUCCCGACCACCCUGUAAAACAUACGUCCAUGUCCCCAGACGCAAGUAGCAACGCCACCAUCAAUCCCUCUAUCUUGUUCUCUGUCGAGGACGAGCAUGUUACCUCUGAUGGUUUAGAUAUACUCAAUUCUUCCGAGAGAGUUUAUUACUCUGGUGAUCCACUUCCUCCUCGAGGUAAACAGAGAAUGAUUAGCGUUCAGCCAAAGGCUCGAAAGCAGCGUAAUACGGACUCUCAGUCCUCUGCGACUUCACCCGUACCACAACCCCCUCCGCCUCUUCUCCAGAGUAACGCGUUAAGUCUUGUGUUGGAUUAUGGUUCCAACUCGGAUUCUGAAGAAAAAGAUAAUCUACAUGAAGACAGCUUGGACUUCGAUGUUCAUCUUCACACCAUUGUAUCCGCUCUUUCCGCCACACCAGCUACCCUGGCAUCUCCGUCUACAGUCUCAUCGUCCCUAACAGAAUCGCAGGCAACGAUAAAUAAUGGAGUCGAUGUUAUAUCUAUCGAGAGUGGGUCUGGAUUGCAGAAGGGCGGCGAACGCAGUCCGACGUCGAGAUUAACAAUACCUUCUCCAAACAAACAACCUUCUCCCAAAUUACGCCUGUCUGAUCCGGCCGCACUCGAGGUACCGAGAUCGGCUGAUCUUUCUCAAAAAGCAACAGGGAGAGAAAAAGAGAAGAAGAAGAAGAAGCAAGCUCCCGCAAACAGACGUAAUUGGCCACUGGGUUCAUCUGAGUAUUUCUGCCACCAGUGUCGCUCUAGAUCCUUCAAGUUGCACAUGGCUUGUGCAUUCGAUAACUGUAACCUCAAAUACUGUAUAAAAUGCAUCACUGUUCGAUAUGCCGACCUUCUCGCUUUUGACGCCAAGCGAAAAGACUUUUCGUGUUUUCGAUGUACAAACAAUUGCCGUUGCGAUUUGUGCUGUCGCAAGCGCGGUGAGAUCUACAUUCCUCCUAAGAGGAAUGUCCAACUUGCUUCAGACAAUGAACCUCCUGAACUAAUGACCCUCACUCAAAGAAGGCAGAGAAGGAAGAAUGCGAACCGGAAGGAGAUGGAUCUGGAAUUGGAGACAAAGGAGAUUGAAGACAGAACCCUUUCUGAGUCGGCUGGUCCCUCCGGAGAGAAUACGAUCGCGGAGAAAAGGGAAAAGAGAGACAAAGUUAAAGGGAAAGCAAAGAUGGAACCAGAGAUAAUCGCAUCUACGGAAAAGGACACGGCCUAUGAGAAGGAAACCGGGGAGAAGGCUGCGUUAACAAAAAGCAAUUGGCCAGAAGAGGGCUGCAACGCCAAAUAUUGCAUAAGAUGUGUCACCUCCCGUUAUGCCAGCACUAUCUCAUUUGACUCAACUCGCGAUGACUUUUUCUGUUUCCGUUGCAAGGACACCUGCCUCUGCGAUAUAUGUUGUCGUAAACGUGGUGAAACUUACAUCUCUUUCAGAAGGCCUCCCGCAAGGCCAACCACGUUCAAGCCUGCACAUCUCCGUCCUCGCCAAUCAGAAGAAAGACCUUACCCAAAACUAGCGCCAAUAACUGUUGACACCCAGGUUUUGCAUCCUGUGGUGUAUUGGGGUGCAGUUUACAACUGGACAGGCGAGGUAAUUGCUUCGGCGUAUGUGGCUUCUGUUGAAAACGAUGGGAUUAUCUUUGCUCGGCCGCUCCAAAAACGCAGAGUUUUCAUCGGCGAUGUUCAGCCCGAUUGGGAACUGGGAAGCAACUUUAAAAUUCGCUACUUAGGAGAGUCCAGGGAAAACGUAGCUCAGGAGCCUGUCAUCACAAACGAUGAUACAUCAAUAGGACCAAGUCCAACAACGAGAAAAAGGAAGAUCCUCUACGUUGGGAAGCCUCCCCUUCCUUCGACAGUCAUCUCCGCUUCGCCUUCAGGGCCCAUGGUUUCUAGUAUGGGCAAUAGCGCUGCUUGUCCAGUGGAUGUCGACGAAUUUGAAUCUCAGGCUGAAUCUAUGUCAAUUGAUAUUAUUGCCGACCAGUCUGUUAUUGCCCAUAGUCUCGGUGCAUCCUCCAGCGAGACUAGAGAUUCCGAGCGAAAGGAAGUCCUUGCUUCUGGUAACUUGCGAACAUUUAUGGGUGUACGACCUUCUUCCCAUUCUUCCGAGCGCGACGCCUACAAGCCUCGUUCCACUCAUAAUCCGGAGGGACGAUUCAGGAGUCCAGAAACUAAAGGAAUAAAGAUCGAUGUUAAGGGCGACAUGGACGUUCAGCUCUCUUCCGCCGUAGUUGAGGGCGAGAUCGGUAAGCCUCUUUCGGCUUCUGUUUUCGAAGCACCUCUCGACAAUCCCGCAGACGUUCAAGGAAUGUAUGAUGUCUGCGGCGACUCCGAAACAGAUAUGGUCAUUCAGAUCUCGCCCACUACAGAUGAAGGCGAGGUUGCAAUAGGCACGGACUUGGAAUCAGGAGCUGUGACCAUGAAUUGUUGUGAGACGGAAGCGGAAAGUCUGGAUUCACAAAUGGAUUACGACACCACUGAAAACUUCCAUGUGCCUUCUGAUAAUAUUUCUCCAACAUCCGCCACCGAAUUCGAUAUCGCGGUUCUCGUGGAAGAUGAUAUGUUCCCCACAAAUCAUCUCUCAGAACUGUCAGUUGUACAAGAUCAUGCAUCUCACUCCGAUUCUCUCUCCGAUGCACGAUUAAAUGACGAAGCCAUUUCGGAAGACCAGGAAUACCCCUUGGACAUAGGUAGUCCGUUGACUGAUCUGGAUGACGACGUCUCAGCAAUUAAUCAUAAUAGCUCUUGUCUGGUUCGUUACGCAGCAAGUCCUCUGAAACCCGAGUCGUCAAGCCAAGCUUCAAAUUCUGCAGGGCUACUGGUUCUCAAGAAACAAACAUCUGUCAGGUUCAGGAAAAAGAUGAACAAGCUUGAAGUUUGA